GAUAUAUCUUCAUUUUUCUUUCAGGUGCUACAUGCAAAAAGAGGAAACUCAAGAAGAAAAUGAAGAAAGGAAACUCGAGAAAGGACUCAGUUGAAGGAAUCAAAAGUUUGAGGGUGAAAUUCAUCAAAUUUGCAAACCCAACACCAACCCAUUUCAAUUGAGCCCACUAAAAAACCCAAUUACCCAAAACCCAAAUACCAAACCCAAAACCCAAAAAAAAAAAAAAAAAAAAAAUAAAAAAUGCCAAGGUCUCCAGAAUCUUCUUCCUCACUAUGCCUGCUCCACGCCCCCUUUGCUCACCCGAACCUAGCCCAGAUCCUCUGCACGAAUCACCUUCCUGCGCCCCCUACCGCCGACGCCUGCUUGCUGCACCUACGCCCGAGCCUUGCGCCUACGCCCCUGCUCCCUCCUUUGCGUCGAGCCCAGAUCCUCUGCGCGAACCAGCGCCCCCUAGUUCCUGCGCCCCUAGCUCCUACGCCUGGCCUUGCUUUCUGCACCAGCCUUGCUUUGCACCAGAUCCCCUUGCUUUGCACCAGAUCGCCUGCACUCUGCUACGCUUGUGCCCCUGCUGCACCACUGCUUGCCCUGCUGCACCCCAGCCUGCACUCUGUCGCGCCUCCUGCACUCUGCGCCCAAUCCCAUGCCCCUGCCUCUUGCACGCUACAACCAUACAGAAAAAAACAGCAUAUGCCAGACAAACUGACGGAGCAAAUUUUAUUUUAUCUUAUUUUGGGUAUAUAUAUAGGAAAAAAAUCAGAUCAAAAGGGGGUCUCUGGUUGGAUUUUGGGUCUGUUUUUUUUGGGAGUCUUCCUGUUCGGUUUUUCUUUGUCGAUUCUCGGGUUUGAUAUUUGGAAGUCUUCGUCUGGGGGUUCUGAAAUCCAGAAAGAGGGUUUCGGUUUUGAGAAGCGACGGUUAAGAGAAGAGGAACGUCGUACUUCCGGAGGGGUGACUGGUUGGGGUUUCCAGAAAAGCUCUAUUUUUCUGGGUUUCAUCUUCGUAGGUAUUUUCUUGCAACAGAGGAGUUUUUUGGGAGGCAGUGAGGGGAAUGAUCUGGGCUUGAUCUCGUGGGUGGGAUUCCCCAGAUCGGACUCCGAUCUGUUACCCAGAAAGCUCCACCAUGCUUGUUUCGUUUGACUUCUGUUCCGUGAUUUGCUUUUAUGAUGUUUAAGUUUGUAUGUGUUUACUGAAAAUCAAUGAAAAUAAAAGAAAUAUCCAGUUUAUUUUCCUGAUGAAUAUUGUUUAUCUUUUUGUUGGAAAUGAGACGCAGUUGAAAUGAACCUUAAAUUUCAUU